CGAUGCUUCCUUCUACAACCUCACCUGAAUACAACUUCAUACGGCUUCUAGGCAAUAAUUCCACUUGAGCUGUCUUCAUCGGCAUCAAAGGAGUAACGAAUGCGAUAGCUCGCGGUGGCAAGGGGCAUCACGCAUGUGAGGGCGGUCCUUCCAUCUUCGCCUCGACCGCUCAACAUUGCUCUCUCUGUCUUGAUUCUAUGGGCUCGGACAUCCGCCAUGGUGUCCACAUCAAAGGAACUUCCAAUCUGGCCACAGCCAACGCUGACCGAGUUUGGCACGCACACCAGUCCAUUGUUGACUGGCAGCGACUUGACCUACAGCGUCACGAACGUUGAUGCGCUGCCACGAGAGCCGCAGGCACAUAGGGAGGAGUUUGGCCGUCGUACGGAACCAGCCCGCCACAAUGAUGACCCCUACGCGCAAGAGCGUGUCCGCAACAUCUUCUCUCGCGGGAUCGAAUUCAUCACGUCCCAGGCCAAGUUCAAACACCGCUCUACCAUGCUCCGAGGGUACAAUGAGGUCGUCUCUCCUCCUGCCGACUCUCAUCCACGGCGCCAUCAACACGUCAGCAUCGAGCAGCUUACGAUCACCCAACCGAUCACCGCAACGUUUCUCGAGUGGUACAAGCUCCGCGUCGACGUUGACGGCAACUGUCAUAUUCAAAUAGCAUCACUCCUGGCCCUGAAUCGAGCCAUGGCCACCUUCGUACAACUCUUCUACGGCGCAGCAGACUCGGCCAUCUUCUGUCCAUACUGUCCCUUGCUCAUCGAAGACUCGCCGCAAUUCCAGCAUCGCGGCCUCAACAUCGACUUGAGUCGGAACGUCAUGCUCCCUUCAGACAUUGGUCGAGUCAUCGACGGCUUGUGGCUGAACAAGUUCAACAGAUUGCACCUCCAUGCUACAGACUCCCAGUCCUGGCCGUUAGAGAUCCCUUCCAUCCCCGAACUCGCAAAGAAAGGGGCCUACCACGAGAGCCAAAUUUGGACCGCAUCAGACCUGAGAGAGGUGCAGAAGUACGGCUUUGAGCGCGGGAUCGAGGUGUACGUUGAGGUUGACAUGCCCGGUCAUACCGCAUCGAUCUAUCAUUCCCAUCCAGAGCUCAUCGUUGGCUAUAAGAUGGAGCCCGUGAUGGAGUACGCUCUACAACCGCCUGCAGGAACGCUGAAGCUCAAAUCGAAUGCUGCUCGGGAGUUCAUCCAGCGCCUGCUCGACGAUCUCCUCCCACGCGUGCGCGAGUAUUCCGACAAGUUCCAUCUCGGCGGGGACGAGCUCAAUUUGAACUGCUACAAAUUCGAAGAAGGGCUGGAGUCCAACUCGAAAGAGGUGCUUCGACCACUGGUGCAAUCCUUCUACGACAUGUGUCUUUCAAAACUGGAGAAGCACGACGCCCGCCCAAUGCUGUGGGAGGAAAUGCUGCUAGAAUGGGACAUCAACUUCCCCUCCUCAACCAUCUUCCAAGCCUGGCGGUCGCAGGAGUCAUUAGGCAAAAUCGUCGAACGCGGGCACUACGCCAUCUUCUCCCCCUGCCACAGAUGGUACCUCGACACCGGCCUAGGCACCUUCAUGGAACCCGAUCCAGACAACCCCGACACCCCCGUCAAAUACCCCUUCGAAGACUGGUGCCCGCCCUUCAAAAACUGGCGAACAGUAUACACCUACGAUCCCUUCGAAGGCAUCGCGGACAAAGACCGUCAUCUUCUGCUAGGCGGCGAAGUGUCGCUGUGGUGCGAGCUGACGGAUGGCGUGACGGUCGACACCAUGGUGUGGCCUCGCGCGGCUGCAGCGGCAGAAGUCCUCUGGAGCGGAUCUGGACAGCUGGACGAGAGCGUCACGCGCCGACUGGCGGGUAUGAGGGAGCGGCUUGUGCGUGCUGGCAUUCGCGCUGGAAUGGUGCAGACUGAGUGGGCGUUGCGGAAUCCCGGGUCGAGUUAUAUGUAGCCCUCCAUCUCGCCUGGCCAUCUGGUAGGACUACACCUCUCGAAGAGACAGCCUCGCUUGUAUCAUAAUCUA